AUGAAACCCCUAUUAAAGUGGCCCCUUGGGUACAAUCGAUCUCUACCAGACGCACAUCCGCCUUAUUUAAAAGUUUCAUCUCCUCAUCGAUUCACCGACAACCGUAAACAGACAAAACAUGUACCAGUACACAUGUAUUCGCUCCCCGGAAGCAUUCAGUGUGUUCCCCUUCAUCACAAAGGCCUUUCCAUCGUAUCUAUACCUUUUCAGAAUGCAUUGAUCUGCGAGUGCAGCAUUCGCUUCACAGCUCCUCAUUGA